AUGGCGACGCGCUGUGGCUUGUUAUCAGAAGCCUGCCUCGCUCUGCUGCUUCUUCCCGUGCUACGAGGAAUGUCCAUAUUCCGGUUUCUUGGUAUCCAAUUUGAGGCUUCGAUCAGGUACCAUGUCUGGCUCGGUUCUGCAAUGAUACUCUUCGCCACUUUACAUGGCGGAGGCACCCUCUUCGUCUGGGGAAUCAAACACAGAAUCCAAGAAGAGAUGUGGAAGUGGCAGAAGAAAGGGCGUAUAUACCUUGCUGGAGAAAUUGCUCUAGCCACGGCUUUUGUAAUGGCUCUCACAGCACUUCCACAGAUUAGAAGAAAAUGGUUUCAAGUUUUUUACUACACUCAUCAUCUCUAUGUAGUCUUCAUUCUAUUCUUCCUCUUCCACGGUGGAGACCGCCACUUCUACACAGUGUUCCCCGGAGUCUUCCUCUUCGCCUUGGAUAAGCUCCUCCGUGUAGUGCAGUCAAGGCCAGAGACGUGCAUUCUCUCUGCUCGAGUGUUUCCCUGCAAAGCAAUAGAACUCACAUUGCCAAAGGAUCCAAGGUUGAAAUAUGCACCAACCAGUGUCGUCUUCCUCAAUAUACCGAGCAUUUCCAAGCUGCAAUGGCAUCCGUUCAGCAUAACUUCUAGCUCAAGCGUAGACGAGCACAGCAUCUCAGUUAUCGUAAAGAGCGAGGGGCAAUGGACUAGUUCCCUCCACAGCAAGAUCACUCAUGCUGAAGAACAAGAUUUGGAAGAUGAUCAAAGGGGAUGCAUCCCAGUUGCAGUCGAAGGUCCAUACGGGCCUGCAUCCAUGGAGUUGUUAAGGUAA